AUGCGCGGCGCUAUACAAUCUUUGGUCAUGAUCAGCGCGGCGGCACGUGCAGUGCAUAAAUUAAUGUGUAAAACCAUCAAACCGAUACUAAGAUUAGAACUCGGCCCUGUGAUGAUAAUCAUGACAACAGCCGUGCAGCUGUUCGAGAUCACAAUGCUGGAGACUGCAUGCGGGCGGUUGUGUUAGACCCGACGAGAAUAACCUAGGGUGACCCGAUGUUGAACCAGGUUUGACUAGGCCUACUCGACUCCCUUUCUGCGUCGUCUUGCUUGUCAAGCAACGAGUUCAGCCUGAAUCUUUCAGAGAAAUAGAACGAGCACCACUGACCGCGAGAAGCGACUUUGGAUCUGACAUCAACGAGUGCCAUGAGUAGUGCGGCAAACAAGACCUGUAUUAUUGCCGAAUACAGGGGUUCUCUUGUUCACGGCUCCUUCCCCUUUGCUGUCUGUAUCAUCUUGGUUCUCAGUUACAUACAAAGGACGAAGAAGGAGAGACGACCUGGAGAUUCCAGAAAUCCUCUACGAGAUGUCUUCUCUUUGUUAUACCCAAUUGACUUGUUUGACAACCAUGACCGUCUGCCCCACUGCCUGGCAUUCGGUGCUGCCUCCUCCUUAUGUCUUGACCUCCUCUUCGGUGACUACCAGUCCUAUUUCUUUGCAUGGGUCAUGCCAGCAUGGGCCAAGAUAUUGAUUGGUACCAUUGUGACGAUAGAGAUUGCUGUCGACUGUUUCCCCUUCUUUGCAUGCAUCACCUGCAAAUCGCGGCUGUUAGCAAAUGGCAUAGGAUUCUUGUAUCUGUCAGGCUGGUUUGUCUUGUUGAUAUUAAUCAGCAUUGGAUGUGAGAAUAGAGAGGCGAAAGGCCAGGUUCCAGUCUUGGUACCACAGAUUCCUGUGUUGAUCUGUCUCUUUCUGCUGGUCUUUUACUUCUUGGGUAUGUUCAUCUUCAUUCUCAUCCAACGACGGAGGGGAAUAACGCCAACGAGUCAGGAGAGAUUGUACAAGACCCAUCAGGCGAUAUAUGUCAGAAAUCUCCUCAACAAACCCAGAGAAGUCGUGUACACAGGUUGGCGCGCUAAACUUGCCAAGUAUUACAAGCCACAUCCUGGCUUCAUCUACCCCACCAGGGUGCUCAUGCCGUGCUUUGUCAGCAUAAUUGCCCUUUACCAGAUUGCAUUUUGGCUCAUACCCCUGGGACUCAACUUAAUUGAUGCGGCCUAUGGUCUGGCAGUGAAGCUAGCGCAGCAGAAUUUUCCCAAUCCCAAUGCCACCAUUUACAAUGAGACCCUGGAAGACAUCAUGAACAAGCUGGAUCAGGCCCACACCGGGCUUACCGUAUGCUGGUGGAUUGCUGGAGUUAUGUCAGUGUGCGUUGUACCUCUUUUGUACAUUCCGCACAUCCUUAAGAACUACAGGAAGCAUUUGCUGAGCAUGUGGUCAGGCCAAUACAACUUGCCAACCAGUGUCACACUGACGUCCACAGAUUCUAUUGUUGGCAGCAUGAAGUACAUCGGGUUCCAGGUGGCCGUUUUCAUUGCAGGUUGCAUGUUCGUCCAAGGAUUCCUCACUUUUCUUUUAAUAGCUUUGACAUUCUUUGGGCUCUUCAGCUCAUGGUUCUUUGAGGAGUUUUUUGUCAAUUCUGUUGUGGAAAUUAUAAUACCAUCGAUAAUUGUUGGUACGUUGGUGAUGUCAAGCCAGGGAAUCGUCGUCAAAAAGUUCUUCACUCAAGACAAGCUCAAGCCAGAUGAUGCUGAUAAACCCCUGAGCCUGCAGCACAGAGCGUGGUUUCUUCUCUACUCCUAUGUGACACUCUUCCUGAAUCUUUUGUAUGGCCUGAUCUUUGCUGUCCUCCGCAUUGUGAUAGGGGUCAUCAUUUCUGUGAUUCUGCUGCCACGCAUCGAUCGGCCCAUCUGGGCACCUGGUGUAGGAGAUAAAGAUCUAGUGUACGUGCUGUAUGCAGGUAACUUGUACACUGAGAACGCACACAGCAACCCGAUUCUGGUCAUGUUCUGCCACCUGAUGGUCUUUGACAUCCUGAAUCCAAAACGGAAACAGCUGAGAAUGUCGCAACUCCACCGCCAAAUGUCCGACAAGGGGCUGAUCAACAGUCAGGCACCUAGUUACACUGAUUUGGAGAGCACCUCAACAGAAACAGAGCGCCCCCACCUCUUGAGGUUCUUCCGUUGGCACCUAGCCUACACGCUGAUCAACAAUCCCUCAGUGAUCAGGCUGCGUAAGAGCACUGCCGUCUUGCCUGACCAGGAGGUGAUGAUCUCGGAAGGGGAGGCCAGGUUCGUCAACGCCGGGAAGGGCAACAGAGGGCAUCAGAUGCUGCCGCACAUGAUGGAGGUGAUGAAGCGCCAGAACAGUGGCCUUCGAGACAUGUCUGAAGUGGCCCCAACAGUAACCAGGCCAUCUGUGAAUGCAGUUGAUCCGGAACUGAUCGUCAUUGAGGAUCUGCCAGCCAUUCCGCAGUCCCCAGGAAACAGCAGUCUUCUCGUCUCACCUCUGUUGCCUAUUGAAGACUCACAGCUGCAGUCAGGUCCCACAAGUGAACCGGGAAAUCCAGCCAAGCCUGCCAGAGGCGAGAAAGGACUCCAUACUGCAGACUCUGAAAGUACUGCCUAAGUGUACCCCUUUCUCCCAGCACCUGUUGCUGGUUGUAUAUCUCAAUGUGUGUUGUAGCUUCGGAAACCAAGUUUCAGGCAUAAAUUGUUCAAAGGCAAGGGUGCAACUAGGCUCCGACAGAGGCCCAUGCGCCCCCCCUCCCCCAGAUGCCCCCGUGUGAAAUUUCGAAACGUAUACAUGGACAACUUGUGUACAAGCAAAAUCCUGUAUGCAGUUCCAAGUCCCCUCAGCAAUUUCACCCUAGUUGUGCCCUUGUCCAAAGGCUUCAGGUGUCCUAUGAUUCAUACAUACUCAGGUCAGUGUGUGCAUUGUGUGGUCAUUGCUUUAGAUGUGUAUCACAGCCGAUGUAUGUUUGACGAUUGCUAUGUGCCAGCAAUAAUAUCUGAUCUGUAAGAUUGAUUAAUUUCUCCACUAAGAACUCUGAAAAUAAAUUGAUGGUUUGAAGUUGUGGUAGAGGUAAAUAAAAGUGCACUUUUAAAAAUCAUUUGUAUAUUUCAAAGUAACUCACUGUCUCAACAUUCAACUUUUGUGAGCAGACAGUUGGCGAUAGUACCUAGAUUAUUUUGCCAAGGAAAUCAAGAAGUAUCUUAUUUAGUGAAUUUUAUUAUGCCUAACAUUCACUGUUACAUUUGCCAAACGGCAUUAUAGCUUCAUUACAAGAUUGUGCCGAAGCAAAGAAAUGGAUCUUUGUAAGUACCAAGAUUCAUCUUUUCUGCAAAUCAAAAUGCUGCCAUCCAAUCCGCUCUGAGUGGGAACAAAAGAGGGCGUGUGUUUAAUUCAAAUUGACAGUCCUUUGGUACCAACUCGCCUUAUAGGCAUGCAAGUUUAUGCACGUUGACACGGAGCACGCUGAGUAAGUGCAACAGAUUUAUUCUGGAAUGUAGAAUGCACGCUGAACACUUGCAGGAACCCAGUUGGACAACUUCGUACCAGUCUGUUGUCCUUUUGCCAGUGAGGGCGCACUUCAACUCAGUGGGGUUAUCAUUGACUAUUUUCCAAUAUUCCAAAUAUCAUUAUAGUGAUAUAUCAGUGACAUUGACUUCCGUUGUUCAUGAUCAUGGGAAAAACUCUUGUCAUGUUUUUCCACAGCACGUGAUAGUUGUCUUCUCAUUCACUUGCCAACAAAAAAAGCUUGUUUGUGCAUGUAAAGUAGGCUAAUGUAUUUGUUGCUAUUUGCUACUUGUUGAUGGCCUCAUAGAAUUUCCCAACAUCUCAAACACGCAAACUGAAAUAGUGAUUUGUGUAAUAAGAAUGGCACAGGUAAAGAAAAGGUUUCUCUUGUCAUUGGUCUUGAUUUGAAAGGAAUGAGAUGUUCACUUACUUGAUUCUGAUAUGAAGUCAUUAUUUGUAUAUUUUACAUGACAUUGCAUUGUGGGAUGUUUUAUUAUUCAGUAUACAUUAUAUACCAACCUUUUUAAUAUCAUAUUUUUAUCAGUAAAAAGAACAGGAGCCAGUUUCAAAGAUUGGUCAUUUUGCUUAACCAACAGAGUAAAUUGAGGCAUCCUUGAGUAAUUUUUGGAAAAGUGACAGUACUUUGAUAUAUUUAAUAAUCAUGUUGAUGAAAAUUUAUUGAUAUACAUGUACUCAUUCUUAUGAAAUGAUAAUUAAAGAUAUACUAAUACGCCAGAGGUUUAGGUAAUAAAAAAAACCACAUUUGUGCUAUUAAAACAUUAAUGCUAAGACAAGA